GAGGAGGAGGAGGGGGGAGGAGGAGGAGGGGGAGGAGGAGGAGGAGGGAGUCAGUUGAGGAGAAAGUUCACAGUUUGCCGGACGGACAGUCAACACCAUGGAGGCCAAAGGGAGAGUUUGUUCAGCCGGACAGAACCAGCAGCUCCAGGAGUCCUCAGACUCGGACUCGGAGGGAGGUGAACCGGUUCGGGUGGCCUCAUACGGUAUCGGACUGUCCACCUCCACCGCCUGCGGCUCCUUCCAGGUGAUCCACAGCGGACACUUCAUGGUGUCUUCCCCUCACAGUGACUCUGCUGCCCGCAGGAGGAAGAGCGGCGGCGGCUCCACGAGGCUGGACUUCGACACGGAGAACCGGACCUGGUGUCAGACGUACCGGUUCGGUCCGCUGAGCUCCGGGAGUCUGAGCAUCGACCCAACUCUGACCCGCCUCUUCGACUGCAUGUCCCUGGCCUACAGCGGUAAGAUCGUCUCUCCUAAGUGGAAGUCUUUUAAGGGUCUGCGGUUGCUGUGGAGAGAUAAGAUCCGUCUGAACAAUGCCAUCUGGAGAGCUUGGUACAUUCAGUAUGUGGAGAAGAGGAAGAACCCGGUGUGUGGGUUUGUCACACCGCUGGAGGGCUCGGAGGCCGAUGCACAUCGGAAACCUGAAGCGAUUGUAUUAGAGGGCAGCUACUGGAAGCGAAGGAUUGAGGUGGUGAUCAAGGAGUAUCACAAGUGGAGGAUUUACUAUAAGAAGAGGCUGCAGAACAAGAAGGAUGAUAUUCUAUCGAUGCUACAAGAGGGUCAGAUCUGCCAGGCCAAGCUGGAGAAAUGGUCCAAUCAGAUGUACCACCAGGAGCCUGAGGCUGAGCCGACGGAGGUCCACAUGUUUGACCUGGACUGCCUCCUGUCCGACAUCUCCGACACCCUGUUCACCAUGACGCAGAAGCCGUGCCCCUGGGCCAGCGACCGACACGACACAUACACGAGCAAUGCUGAUAUAAUCCAGCCAGGCCUGACUCCACUGCAGCCCAACCUGGAUGAUUUCAUGGAUAUACCAGAUAUCUUUAUGAACUACCGGGGCCAGCCCACUGAGCAGACUGGUUUUGCUGACUGUGGCUAUUUUGAGAGCUCACCCAGCACAGCGUUUGCUCCUCUUCCCUCCCCCGUGGUAACAGCUCCUCAGCUCCUUAUCGACACCCAGCUGGCUCAGCCCAAUCUGUCAUCUGACAAUUUGCCGUCCUCAUCCAAUACCCGGCCAGACCAGACCAGGCCGAGCCAGGACUGCGGUGCAUACCACACGUCUAGCAUCAUAUCAGGCGCCAUGCCCUACGGACAUCAGUCUUACAAUGAUCCACCUGUGUCUAUAGCGUUCACCACCAGCAUCGAGCAGCCGGCCUGUUCAAGUAUCCCCUUCCUGUACUCGCUGCCGUGCCACAAGUUCGGUUACUACACGACGACCAGCGUGACCCCCACCGUCAUCACUCACACCGCCUCCACCGUGGGGACCCACGGCUCUGUGCACCAGGCUCACGGCUACCCUCACACCGGGGACACAUACCCCCAGUCUCCCUGCCACUCUCUCAGUUACCCGGCCGCCGUGUCCGACCCGGUCCACGCGGCGCUGCCCUCUGUCACCGCGGCCCACUGCUUCUCGGUCCCGGAGCAGGUGGUCGUUGCGGGGGUCAGAGGAAAGCACAAGCAAAAGACUGGGGGAGCGAGGACAGUUGGUCCCUCUGUGGCUCCGUCUGGGCCCCCGCCUACUGCACCCACACCAACCAGCUGCCUGGCUAAGCUGCUCUCCUCCAGCGCCCGCGAACGGAAGCCAUCACUAGGAUUUGAUACUAGUCUAGUGACAGCCAAAGGUCAGAGGUCAUCAUCUCCCAGCUCCUCGUCAAGCAGCACCGCGCAUGUCGGAGGAGCUUCGUCUCAGCUGCAGCACGGAGCCGGUUGGCCUGCAGGCAUCCCAGUGUUGACACCUCUGCACAGCCAGAGCGCCACCCUGGGUCACAGCGGACCCCACGCCAGCACCUCCAGAGGCUCGGCGGUGUCUGCCCUGCUCAGCCACGGCUCCACGCACACCGGCACGACCCUCCUCAUUCCCAAGACUGAGGAACUGUCUCCGGUCCAGCUCUACGGCACGGACAGGAGCAGCCUGACAGUUCAUUUCCCAGGACAUCCAGGCCAAACGUCCCCACCAAACCCUUUAGAUAAAGCCUCCAACCCCGAGUCCCCACACUCAUGUUUCUCAGGCCACGGAAAGAUAGAAUCAAGUAAGCAAACAGAGACCAGGAGGAUAACUCACAUCUCGGCUGAGCAGAAGAGGCGCUUCAACAUCAAACUGGGUUUUGACACGUUACAUAACCUUGUGACAACGCUCAGCUCUCAGCCAAGCAUAAAGAUCAGCAAAGCCACCACGCUGCAGAAGACUGCCGAGUACAUCAGUAAGAUGCAGCAGGAGAGAGCUCAGCUGCACGACGAGGCUCAGAGACUCAGAGAGGAGAUCCAGCUCCUGAACUCUGCCAUCAACGCGUGCCAGCAGCAGCUCCCAGCCACCGGCGUGCCCAUCACACGGCAGCGCUUUGACCACAUGAGGCAGAAGUUCCGGGAGUACGUCCAGGCCCAGACGCUGCGGAACUGGAAGUUCUGGAUCUUCAGUAUCAUCAUCGAGCCGCUGUUUGAGUCCUAUAAUGCAAUGGUGUCCACUGCCAGUGUGGAGGACCUGUGUCGAUCCACUCUGUCCUGGCUGGACCAGCACUGCUCCCUGCCUGCCCUGAGACCCAUGGUUCUGAGUUCACUCCGUCUCCUGAGCACCACCACGGCCAUCCUGACAGACCCCAGCCUGCUGCCGGAGCAGGCCACCCUCGCCGUCACCCAGGGCGACCCCGCCGCUGCCCUGGACCACUCCUUACAGCCCGCCGCUCAGGACAAUACACACCCCAUGUGACCGUGAAGAACAGACUCAGUGGAAACCUAUCCGGAAUCCACCACAAUGCACCGGAGGACACCAUCAUCCCCGAGACUUUUAAUAAUGCAUAACCACAUUCCAAUAACACUCACCAGCUGCAAAAAGAAUGUAUUCCAGUAUGUGAUCUAUGCUUAAGUUCUGAUAAAAGCAUAACAUACUUGUACUAUACACUACACAUUAUUUCUCAGCCUCUUUGAUAAAGCAGAAGUUCAGAUGUCA